UACGUCAUUCGCAUCAAGGUCAAAGUUCAUCGUUGACGCAGGCGGACUUGUGGUGGUUGAAAGCUUCGCGGGAAACGUCCCGAAACAAACGACGGUUUGAGCAGCGGCGCGCGAGCUUUUCACGUUAGAACGAGGGAUUCGAGUCACGUUAACUACGCGCGCUGACAUCUACCGGAGACUCGACCGGGGGGAAACGGAGUGGUUCGGGAGAAAUGGCGGAAAGGCCCGAAGACCUAAAUCUUCCCAACGCGGUGAUCACCCGCAUCAUCAAGGAGGCGCUCCCAGAUGGGGUGAACGUGUCCAAAGAAGCUCGCAGAGCCAUCUCUCAGGCAGCCAGCGUGUUUGUGUUGUAUGCAACCUCCUGUGCGAACAACUUUGCCAUGAAGGCUAAAAGGAAAACUCUGAACGCGGGAGACGUUCUGGCUGCCAUGGAGGAGAUGGAGUUCGAGCGGUUCAUGGAGCCUCUCAGGGAAGCUCUGGAAGUCUAUAAGAAGGACCAGAAGGGAAAGAAGGAGGUUUCUGAGCAGAAACGCAAAGAUAAAGAAAAAAAGGUUGAUUCUGAGAAUGACAAGAGCAGAGAGGAUGACGAGGCUGAUGAAGAGGAGCAGCAGCAAUGCAUGGAGGAGGAGCCUGAAGAGGAGGUGGAGAACUGAGGACUCCACCCACAUCUUUGGGUAGCUGAUGUUAGACCGGACACACACCCGUCCAAACUCGCAGGAAACAGUCGGCCCGUUUCUUUAUGGGCCUAACGUUUGAGACUUUUGAUCCUGCACCAGGUCACCAUCCAUUCUGACUCGUAGGUUCCCCUCAAACUUCUGUGGUUGAUUUUGGACCUCUGAUAUCAGAGUGAAGACUUUCACUGGGUUCUGUUUUAGAAUGAAAUCCCAGUUUUUUUCUUUACCAUUUGUACUGUUGUAGUCAUUUAUUACAAAAGUCCUUCAAUAAAAGUUUGUAAUGAAACCUUCA